AGGGGGAGGGCCGCAAAAUGUCAUCCCGCGGCCCGCAAAUAGCCCUCGGGCUGUGAGUUUCAGACCCCUGCUGUAAACGGUGACUUUUUCGUUUUGCGACUCAUUUUGUUCCGCAUAUUAAAAUUAACCGGCGUCAAAACAUUUUCACACAUGACACCCUUGUCAUACGCAGUGCUUGUUGGGAACACCUAAAGUAGAACCACAUGUGUCAGUGUGUCAGUAGUGCCAAAAUAUGUUGAAUGUAAUUUUCAGAGGCAGGCACAUGAAGGAGGACCCCCCCUCCCCCCCCUCCCGCGCUCCAAUCGACGGCGGAGCUGGCUGCACAUCUUGACCCUCGCACCUCGUUUCCAUCCCUACUCACUGAACGCGCUGGUCUCGGUUCAAUUCGUCAUAACAAGAAAUUAAUGUUGCAACACAGCGAAGACAACCGUUGCCAUCGCGGAUUUAAAGGCUCCUUCCUGUCUGGGCUAGCAGAGUGAUUUUAAGGGACCGAGAGCGGUUUUGCGUUUCUCUCUCCGCCCGGCGUUGCGAGCCAUCAACCGGCCGCCGCGAGCUGGAAGGGGUUGGGCUCGCCGGCCGCGUGCCGAGACCCACACCGUCAUCUUCAAACCGUUCAGGGUAUCGACGACGCCCAUGGGAAAAAAAGGAGGUUAGUUCGUGAGUCGUGUACGCGGUGUCGCACGAUUUCAACAGGAUGAGAAAAUGUUUUCCGCGGGGCGAGUGACAACGGACAAGCCCAGGGCGAGAGAACCCUGAAGCUAGCUAAAAGCUCCCAUAGCGCUGUGUGGAAAAACGUGGAGAAUAAUGGACACCAAUAACGUGCGUAUUUUGAGUACUCGUCAGACAAUUAUCGCACCGGUUUCAACAAAUAUUCAAAGAUUCUGUCACGUUCUGUAAAACCCGGCGGCAUCACCGUGCUGUCAUUGUCCACUUAGCUAGCUCGUUAGUAGCCUCGUUGCUAACGUCACCCCCCCGAUUGACCAGAUGUUGUUCGUGUACAGUCUCCCCCUCUCCCUUCGCUCUGUCUCCUGCCUCCCUCCAAAGUGACAGCAUGAGGUUGGAUUCAAAGAUGAAGGGUGGAACUAGCGCGUCACCUUCUGCUCUCUGAGCUACUCUGUGUGCUCAAACUGGGAGACAGAGGGGAAGAUGCCUCCCAGGCCGUCCUCAGGGGAACUAUGGGGCAUCCACCUGAUGCCUCCGAGGAUCUUGGUGGAUUGCCUGUUGCCCAAUGGAAUGAUUCUCACCUUGGAGUGCCUCCGUGAGGCCACUCUCAUUACCAUCAAACAUGAGCUCUUUAAAGAAGCCAGAAAGUAUCCCCUCCAUCACCUCUUGCAGGAGGAGACGUCUUAUAUCUUUGUCAGUGUUACUCAGGAAGCCGAGCGGGAGGAGUUCUUUGACGAGACACGAAGGCUGUGCGACCUCAGAUUGUUUCAGCCUUUCCUCAAGGUCAUUGAACCAGUUGGCAACAGAGAGGAAAAGAUCCUGAACAGAGAAAUUGGUUUUGCCAUCGGUAUGCCAGUGUGUGAGUUUGACCUGGUGAAGGACCCCGAAGUCCAGGACUUCAGGAGAAACAUCCUGAACGUGUGCAAAGACUCUGUGGAGCUGAGAGAUGCCAGUGGACCCCACAGCAGAGCCCUCUACGUGUAUCCACCCAACGUCGAAUCCACGCAAGAACUCCCCAAACACAUUUACAACAAAUUGGACAAAGGUCAAAUUAUUGUUGUCAUUUGGGUGAUUGUUUCUCCAAAUAACGACAAACAAAAGUAUACGCUGAAGAUCAACCAUGACUGUGUGCCUGAACAGGUGAUUGCGGAGGCCAUUCGGAAGAAGACGCGCAGUAUGCUGCUCUCCCCCGAGCAACUGAAGAUGUGCGUCCAGGAAUAUCAGGGUAAAUACAUCCUCAAAGUUUGCGGCUGUGACGAGUACCUGCUGGAAAAGUACCCAAUCAGCCAAUAUAAGUACAUCCGCAGUUGCAUCAUGCUGAGCAGGAUGCCCAACCUGAUGCUGAUGGCCAAGGACAGCCUGUACACCCAGUUGCCUACUGAUAACUUUGUCAUGCCUUCGUACUCGCGCCGCAUCUCCACGGCGUCAUCGUACAUGAACGGCGAGGCGGCCGCCAAGUCGCUCUGGACCAUCAACGGAACACUGCGAAUACGGAUCCUCUGCGCCACCUAUGUUAACGUCAACAUCAGAGACAUAGACAAGAUUUAUGUGAGAACGGGUAUUUACCAUGGAGGAGAACAGAUGUGUGACAAUGUGAACACGCAGAGAGUGCCCUGCUCGAAUCCCAGGUGGAAUGAGUGGCUGACCUACGACAUGUACAUCCCCGAUGUCCCGCGAGCCGCCAGACUUUGCCUUUCCAUUUGCUCAGUCAAAGGCAGGAAAGGAGCAAAAGAGGAGCACUGUCCACUGGCUUGGGGCAACGUCAACUUGUUUGACUACACGCACACUCUGGUGGCAAACAAGAUGGCACUCAACCUGUGGCCUGUUCCUCAUGGCCUUGAAGAUCUUCUCAAUGCCAUCGGUGUCACAGGCUCCAAUCCCAAUAAGGAAACCCCGUGUCUGGAGCUGGAAUUUGACCACUUCAGCAGUCCGCUCAAAUACCCCGACAUGAACGCUGUGGAGGAUCACGCCAACUGGACCAUCUCGAGAGAACUUGGCUUCAACUACAACCUCUCGGGACAGAGCAACCGGGUGGCGAGAGAUCAUGCCCUGACAGAGGGCGACCUAGACCAGCUGAGACAGCUCAGUAACAGAGACCCGCUCUCAGAAAUCACCGAACAGGAGAAAGACUUCCUCUGGAGACAUAGGCACUACUGCAUGAAUUUCCCCGAGAUCCUUCCCAAGAUCCUUCUCGCUGUCAAAUGGAACUCCAGGGAUGAAGUAGCACAGAUGUACUGCCUUUUGAAGGAAUGGCCGUCCAUCCGUCCGGAGCAAGCCAUGGAAUUGUUGGACUGUAACUACCCGGACCCCAUGGUUAGACACUUUGCCGUACGCUGCCUUGAUAAAUACCUGACCGAUGACAAACUGUCUCAGUACCUCAUCCAGCUUGUACAGGUUAUAAAAUACGAGCAGUACCUUGACAAUCCUCUGGCCCGCUUUCUACUGAAAAAGGCCCUCACGAAUCAAAGAAUAGGACAUUUUUUCUUUUGGCAUCUCAAGGCCGAGAUGCACAACAAAACGGUGAGCCAAAGGUUCGGUCUACUCUUGGAGGCUUACUGCCGGGCCUGCGGCAUGUACCUCAAACACCUCAGCAGGCAAGUGGAGGCCAUGGAGAAGCUCAUCAAUCUCACCGAUAUCCUCAAACAGGAGAAAAAGGAUGAGACGCAGAAGGUUCAGAUGCGCUUCCUGGUGGACCAGAUGAAAAGACCGGACUACAUGGAUGCGCUACAGAAUUUCACCUCUCCCCUUAACCCCGCGCACCAACUAGGCAACCUGAGGCUGGAGGAAUGCAGGAUCAUGUCCUCGGCAAAGAGGCCCUUGUGGCUCAACUGGGAAAAUCCCGACAUCAUGUCCGAGCUCCUCUUUCAGAACAACGAGAUCAUCUUCAAAAAUGGCGACGACCUGCGCCAAGAUAUGCUGACUCUGCAGAUUAUCAAAAUCAUGGAGAACAUUUGGCAGAAUCAAGGACUUGACCUGCGCAUGCUGCCCUACGGCUGCCUGUCGUUAGGAGACUGCGUGGGUCUCAUCGAGGUGGUUCGCAGCUCGCACACCAUCAUGCAGAUUCAGUGCAAAGGUGGCUUAAAAGGAGCUUUGCAGUUCAAUUCAAACACUCUGCAUCAGUGGCUCCGAGAUAAGAACAAGGGCGAGAUGUACGACAUGGCUGUGGACCUUUUCACAAGGUCCUGCGCUGGCUACUGUGUAGCUACGUUUAUUCUUGGAAUUGGAGACAGGCACAACAGCAACAUUAUGGUUAAAGAUGAUGGGCAGUUAUUUCAUAUCGACUUUGGACACUUCCUGGAUCAUAAGAAAAAGAAGUUUGGCUACAAGAGAGAGCGAGUGCCCUUUGUGCUGACACAAGACUUCCUCAUUGUCAUCAGUAAGGGCUCCCAAGAGUGCGCCAAGACCAAAGAGUUUGAGAGGUUCCAGGAAAUGUGUUAUAAAGCCUACCUGGCUAUUCGGCAGCAUGCCAACCUGUUCAUCAACCUGUUCUCCAUGAUGCUGGGCUCCGGCAUGCCCGAGUUGCAGUCGUUUGAUGACAUCGCCUACAUUAGGAAGACCUUGGCCCUGGAAAAAACAGAACAGGAGGCCUUGGACUAUUUCAUGAAACAGAUGAACGACGCUCACCAUGGCGGUUGGACCACCAAGAUGGACUGGAUUUUCCACACAAUUCGACAGCAUGCACUUAACUAAAGCUAAGUCGCACACAAACACAACUUUUUUGGGGUUUUUUUUUCCCCCAACGUGGUGGCAAUGAUGCCAUUGUUGGAAGUCACACUUCCUGGAAGCUCUUCCUUUUCCAUUUUUUUAAUUUUAUUUU